AAAUUGCGCAUACAAACUAGGGAGAAACGACGAAGAAGGUAGAAUCUUUUGAUUGUUAGAAGAAGAAGAAGUGGAACACAAUUAUUUUAUCCCCCUGUGACGGAAGAACACUAUCGUCUGCCGCUGUUUUCCCCCCAAGAAGCUGCAAAUGGCUGGAACUGUGAAUCCAAGCAACCAAAAUCAGGAGUCGCCGCCAGGUCCCGAGUUUCCUGCUCUGACCGCCGCUACAGCGGGCGCUCAGCCGCAGCGCAAUGAAUCUCCUCAACCAGAAGCAGCAAUGGCAGUAGGAGGCAACGAAUAUGUGCCCAUUCGUGGAGCCCAGCCCUCCCAUUCCCUUCGGUUUCAGUUUGUCUACCAACGUCGUCUAUCAGGUCAAACCGGUGCGGCGCCGUUGAUUUUGGUGGCACGCGUGCGAGAAAUUCAGGUGACAUCUAGCAACGAGUCCGAGCUCGCUGGCAACGUGUUGGCCUUCAUUGGGGCGUCAGUGCUAUGCACCGCUACACUGGUGUUUCUGCUGGUGAUUCCGGUACUGAUGCUGGUCAUUGGCAUUGUUUAUGUGAAGGACUGUCCCGCAGAGAAGAACAUUCCCAUUUACCUUAUCGUGGGAGGAGUCUUGAUGCUUGUUACUUUAAUCAGUGAUAUCUACAGCACGACCAAGUGGCGCAAAGAAGGCUACAGACGUCGACCGAUUGCGGAUUUUCUCCACGUCGUUUUCGAUUUUUUUACGCUCGGCUGGUUUAUAGCUGGUUGUGUGUGGACGUUCCGCGUCUACGUGCCGGAGUUUGACGACAAGAACAGCUCCAACUACUGCAAUAAGACCCUCUAUUACUUCGCUUUCACCUUGGUGACGACCAAAUUGGUGAUGAUCGUCGUGUUCGGCUGCUGUCUCUGCUGUUUAGUGUGCAUUGGCCUGGCUGCUUCACCGGACGAUCAUAAUCGUGAUCAGCAAUAACGGCCUCGUGUCGCUCCUUCUAGAUGUUCACAAUGUUGUUGAUCUGUCUCAGAAGCUGCAUUAGAAGCGUCCAAGGUUGAACGUCUAUAAACCUACAGUUCAUUUAAGCCAAAACGUUGUCGCUCACUUGUACGCAUAGCUAUGGCGCAUGCCCAAAAACAGUGGACGACGGCGGCAUGUCCAGCGGUCCGCAAACAACGCCGGAAGAUUCCGGGUGCGGCUGGCACCAGCCGCGUUUGAGGAACAAGUGACGAAUAGAUGAAACAUCGGAAGAAUUCUACGAAAAUGAUAGGACAAAGGAAGUUAUCAAAUCCAAGCUCAGCAAGGUGGUGUCAUCCGCUUGAAAGAAACAGG